AGAGCUGCAUCACGUGACAGUUGGCAGAUCUCGUUCCCUGCUCCAGUUGACCCCCGGAUGACCCCAACAGCCGGUCUCUACCGCAAGCACAGCAAACUAAAAGCUCCUACAACUUUCAAGGAACUUUUACAUCGUUCUGAAGACAUUUCUGAUACCCAGGAGUUUCUGACGUUGCUGUGCUGUGUUAGAGACCGCUGAAACCGCCACGUUACGAGUUCUGAAGCCCUAUCAGGUUACACGCCGCACCUCUGGACCAAUGAGCUACAAGGACAAGCUGUACAUCAACACGCCACUGCUCGAGAGCCACCCGCUCUCAAAGCAUGCUGGGAUUACUGUGUACCUCAAGCUGGAGAACGUCCAGCCGUCCGCGACCUUCAAGAUCCGCGGCAUCAGCCAUCUUUGUCAGAAGGCGCUGAAGGAAGGGGCCAAACACUUUGUCUGCUCCUCAGGCGGGAACGCCGGGCUUGCGGCCGCGUACUCGGCGAGAAAACUUGGCGUUCCGGCAACCAUCAUCGUCCCGGAGAGCACGCCGACCUUCACGGUGGAGCGGCUUCGGGGGGAGGGCGCCACCGUAGAGGUCGUGGGGAAGGUAUGGGAUGACUCUAACCAGCACACACUCAAGCUGGCCGAGCAGCCCGGAUUCGUGUACAUCCCUCCGUUUGACCAUCCUGUCAUCUGGGAAGGCCAUGCCAGCCUGGUGCAGGAGUUGGCUGGAACUCUACAGGACAAGCCUGGAGCUAUCAUACUGUCUGUGGGGGGAGGGGGGCUGCUGUGCGGGGUCGUGGCGGGACUCCGCAAGGUCGGCUGGACGGACGUCCCGGUGGUCGCCAUGGAAACCCAAGGUGCGGACAGCUUCAACGCAGCAGUGACUGCUGGGAAACUGGUGACCAUUCCUGACAUCACGAGUGUUGCGAAGUGCCUGGGAGCCAAAACUGUUGCACAGGAGGCUUUUAACCUCAGCAAGCAGCACCCCAUACACUCUGUUGUGGUGACUGAUGAGGAGGCUGUAGAAGCUUGUGCAAAAUUCCUAGACGAUGAGCGCCUCCUAGUGGAGCCGGCGUGUGGUGCAGCCCUGGCAGCCGUGUACAGCCGGGUGAUCUCCAGACUGCAGGACCAGGGCCGACUGCCAGGGGGCAUCGCGUCGGUGGUGGUGGUGGUCUGUGGGGGGAACAACAUCACUCUGCAGCAGCUGGACACGUGGAAAACUCAGCUCGGCCUCACGUGAGGCCGACACAAACACGAUUUGCUGUCAGAUUUUUAACCCUUGUCCUGCGGAGCCCAACAAUUGUUGUUUUGCACAUACAUUCACCAUUUAUAUAGAA